AUGAAGGACCCGUGCCGAGUUUGCGGCGUGCGCCUCAUUGGCAGCCAGUGCCGUUGGAUCUUCAACCCGUUGGGCAAGCGACAGCUCCAGGUCAUCCUGUCCCACGUGCUGGGGCGCCAGGUCGACCGCGACCCUGACGGCCAGGCCUCAGAGUUCCUGUGCGGCAAGUGUGUGUUCACACUGGAGCGCGUGGUGCAGUGCGAUGUGCAGAUAGGCAGGCUGCAGGAGGAGCACGCCACUCUGGUGCAGCAGCUGCAGCAGGAGAGGGAGCACCUGAAGGAGUGUGUGGCCCACGUCUACGGACGCCAUAACCCCUUGCCUAAGAGGCCCGAUAGACAGCACAGAGAGUCGAAGAUACCAUUGAGGGAGCGUUCGCCCUCAGUUGGCCCAGCUACCAGCACUACCACACCCCAGAGAGCCCAGCCUUCCAUCAUCUCUGACCUGCUGCAGCUGCUGCGCUCCAUCCCCAGACCACCAGUGCCAGGUGCCCCCGGAAGCCGCAUCCCCAUACUGCGUGGGAGGCCCAGCGACGGACAGCCGCUCCCCCCAAGACGCAGCCUCACCCCUUGGGCCUGGCACAGACUGAGGGAGGCAGAGUGGAGGUCCCUCCGGCACCUCACUGAGGAGUUUAAUGAUGAUUACAUGCCGCUCAGAGUCGAGGGUUUCACUGAGCAUCAGAGUGAAGUGAGCAGACUGAAGACAGCCCACAGGCAGCUGAGUGAGGAGAUGAACCAGUUCAGAGCAACCAACCAGAACCUCUCCAAGACCCUGGUGGACACCCAGAACAACAACAAGGUGCUGUCUGGUAAACUGGAGGACACUGAGAACGAGCUCACCUCUGAGAAAAAAAACACUCUGAAACAAGACAAAACCAUCCAGGGACUCACUCUGCUGCUCAAGGAGAAAGAAAAAGAGAUUGAAGAGCUGUACCAUGAGAUUGAGGACAGGGACGAGGUUUUAGUCAAAGCCAGGGAGACGGCGCACAAAGCCCAGCUCCACAAAUACCAGGAGCACCAGAACCAUUUGAUGGAGAAGCAGGAGGAGCUGGCCCAGCUCCAAGGGGAGCACCAAACCAAGCUGCUGGAGGCCCAGAAGCUGCAGCGCUCCCUGGGCAGGCAGAAGCAGGCCAAGGAGCAGCUGGACCAGGAGCUGUCAGACCUGCAGCAGGCCAAGGAGCAGCUGGACCAGGAGCUGUCCGACCUGCAGCAGGCCAAGGAGCAGCUGGACCAGGAGCUGUCCGACCUGCAGCAGCAGAAGGUCGACAAGGCCCUCAAUGAGGUGCAGAACCAGCUGAAGAAACUGACCGGGGAGCUGGGCGAGAGGGAGAGCAGCCUGAAGCAGCAGUACCAGGAGCUGCUGGAGCAGACCAAGAGGAGGCUGCAGGGCCAUGAGGUCACCAUCCAGCGCCUCACCACUUGCCUGACCGACAAGGAGCAGCAGCUGCAGGAGUACAUGAACAUAACGAGAGACAUGGAACAGAGCAGAAGUCCUGGGGGAAGCGACACCAUGCUGUCGAAGCUUCGAGAACAACUGAAACAGAAAGAGAAGGCUCUGGAGGAAGCGCUGGAUGAUAAGUUUGCGGCUCUAGAAGAGAAAGACAACGAGAUCCACCAGCUGCACCUGUCACUCAGGGAGAAGACGAGGGACCUGGAGAGACUCAACAAACUGCUGUCUUACAAUGAGGACACCAUCAAUAGUUUUGACACGUUGAUAAAGGAGAAGGACGUGGAGCUACAGUACCUUGUGAACAUGCUGAAAAACCUGCAGCAGGCCAAGCAGGACGUGGAGGACAACCUGAACUGGGCCUGCAAGGAGAAGGAUGCCAUCAUUAGCCAGCUGCAGCUCUGCCUGGAGUGCAAGACCAAGGACAUGGAGGAGAUGGCGAAUGCCUUGCUUAGUCAGUCCCAGUCUCAGGCCUGUGACCUUGCAGAGCAGAUGGGUCAGAGGUUAAAGGUGACAGAGGCCAUGCUGGCGGAGGCAGUCAAGGCCCGGGAGAGGCUGGUGGAGAACAACAAGAGCACCGUGGAGGGUCUGCUGUCCACCAUCAGCAGCAACGACCAGCUGCUCAAUGAGUCAGCGGAGCACUAUAACCGCACACUGUCUGAGCGCACCCAGGAGAUCCAGGAGCUGAAGCGACAGCUGUUUGUCCGACAGCAGCAGCUGGCCUUGGCAGAGAAACAGAGUUCUGAGGCAACACAGGAGGGUUACCUGGAGACUGCCGAGCUCAGGGCCCUGCUGACGGAGAAGGACUCCAUCAUCGACAAACUUCUGGAGCGUGGGCAGGAGAGAGACCAGUUCCUGGCUGAGUUAGGGCAGAAGGAGCCUGCACCGCCCCAGGUGAUGGAGAUCAGACAGACCAUCAAAGUUCUGCAGGAGAAGCUGGAGGAGAGGGAAGUGCAGCUCUCCAAGAAGAACAACGAGGACAACAUGGAGAAGGUCCCUCUCACCGAGAAUACUCUGGUCAUCCUGAAGAAGGAGCUAGCUCAGAAGACUGAUGCUCUCAACAAGGCUCUGAAGAGGGAGAAUGACCUCAAAGUGAACUAAAAGAACACACGAACACCCCUGCUCAUUCAAGAUGUCCCUAGCUGAUCUCAAGUCAGUGUUGUCAGAGCUGAAGGAGCGUAUCGAGGUCCAGGUGGUCAGUAUAGACUCCCUCACCACCACCCUUGGGACCAAAGACAAGAUUAUAAAUGAGUGGACGACCAGUGGCAUCUUCACACACUCAUACACACAUUCAAACAGGCUCAUUAGGUUAUCUGGUGCCAUUUUGGGUUCACGGGUAGCUUUCAUAGGGUUCAUCCAUUUGACUAACCUUGAACUGAACUUAUCCAUCACCACCUGUUCUACUCUUGAGCGUGGCUUUAAAGUUGAAACCAUGUAUUGCAUUCGUUGUAAAUUGUAAUGAACAUGUCUGGACAAUACAUUUACUUCAAUACGUUUGUUUUUUCAACCCUUUAAGGGCACAUUUUAAUUUGCUGUUACCGACACACAAUACCACCAUAAUGUCAAAGUGGAAUUAUGUUCUUAGAAAUGUUUACUAAUUAAUUAAAAAGGAAAAACAACUUGCAGACUU